UUGUCACUCGAAUACGUCUCGGACGGAUGAGAUUUGUCUCGACCAUAUAUAAAUAAACACCUCCCUCUCAUGUUAUAAACCCUCUCGAAUCAAGCCGACAAGGGUUUUAGCUGAGGGGAAAAGAGGCAGCAGAGGAUUCGACGAACCUCUCCAAGGGUCUGAUUUCGAACAAUGGCUUUCACUAGUAGAAUUGGAAAUAUACUAAAGAGGGUCGUAAGCAAUCAUAUUAGAUCGGACUUACCUGCAUCAAGUCCAUCAAUAUUUCAAGCGAUUCGAUGCAUGUCAUCUUCCAAGCUCUUUAUUGGAGGACUCUCGUAUAGCACGGAUGAGCAAAGUCUGAGAGAAGCGUUUACUAGUUAUGGAGAAGUCAUCGAGGCGAGAGUUAUCAUGGAUCGUGAGACGGGCAGAUCUAGAGGCUUUGGCUUUGUUAAUUUCACUUCUAGUGAGGAGGCGUCUGCUGCCAUCGCUGCAAUGGAUGGAAAGGAUUUGCAUGGGAGGAUGGUAAGAGUGAACUAUGCAACGGAUAGGACUGGAGGAUUCCGUGGUGGGUAUGGUGGCGGUGGCGGUGGCUAUGGAGGUGGUGGUUAUGGUGGCGGUGGUGGUGGUUAUGGUGACGGCGGCGGUGGCAGCUAUGGUGGUGGUAAUAGCUAUGGAAGUGGAGGUGGUGGUUAUGGCAGUGGCGGAACAGGUGGUUACGGUGGCGACAGCUAUGGAAGCGGCGGCGGUGGUGGCAGCUAUGGUAGUGGAGGUGGUGGUUAUGGCGGCAACAGCGGCGGUGGAAAUUACAGUGGUGCCAGUGAGGGUGGAGGCAAUGAUGGUUACAUUGGUGCUGCCAGUGGGGGUGGAAGCAAUGAUGGUUACAUGGGUGCUGCCGAUAGCAGCAGCAGCAGCUAUGGCGGGAGUGGAGGAAUGGGAUAUGGAAGUAGCCAAGGCAGCAUGAAUGCUGGCGGCGGUUACAACCAAGGCGGCCCGAUAGAGGGGAAUAUCAGGGAUGAUGUUGACGACGAUGAGCCAGCCGACUAUGCCAACAAGCGAGGUUGAUGCGAGGAGCAUGAAUUGAUGAUGAGAAGGCAUUCAUGGAAGUAGCCUCUCUUUUUUUCUUUUCUUUCUUUCUUUUUAAUUAGCAGCAUCUGUUAUAGCUUUUUGGAGGAAUUUAUAUCAGUCUCAUGUGCCUUUUCACUUCUUUCUUUUUCUUGGUUUUCCUUUUUUAUUUCUAUGGUGUAAAUGGUGACUGAGAAUUCCAUGGAAUUUAACAUCUGAGAGAGAUGUUGGAUGAUUAGGUA